CAUUUGUCCUUUCCAGUUUUCUUUCUUUAAUUUCAGCUUUUCUUAUUCCUUACUUUAUAUUACUGAGAUCAUGAGCACAUCAGUUUCCUAACUAACAUAAUACUAAAACAUUUAGAUUCUGGAAAGAAAGAAGAAAAUGGAGAUGAACACGAACGCAACUGAUAACAACAGCAUUGCCGAAGAACUGUUCCACAGUGCCAUGAAAGGCGAGUGGGACAAAGUUGUUGAAAUAUACCGGCAAGAUUCAGCUGCCUACAAGGCCAAGAUCACCCGGUCCGGUGACACGGCUUUGCACGUUGCUGUCUCGAACAUCAAAGUAGACAUCGUAGAAGAACUAGUAAGUAUUAUUAAGCAGAAUGGCAGUACUAGGGAAGCUCUGAAAGUCACGAACGAGCGUGGCAACACCGCUCUGCACAUUGCCGCUUCAGUAGGAAACUGGAGGAUUUGUAACUGCAUUGCCGAGGUGGAUCACUCCUUGAUCGGUGUCCGCAACCUUGAUAAUGAGACCCCUCUGUUUGUUGCCGCCCUCCAUGGUAAAAAGGAUGCUUUCCUCUGCCUCAACGCUCAUCUUGAAAGUAAUCCAGAACUUCGAUACUCUUAUUCUAGAAACAAGGAUGGCCAAACUAUUCUCCACUGUGCCAUCUCCGGUUACUACUUCGAUUUAGCAUUUCAAAUCAUUCAUUUGUAUGAAAGGCUCGUGAACUCUGAGGAUAAGGAUGGGCUCUCUCCCCUUCACAUUCUAGCAAGUAAACCCACCGCGUUCAGGAGCGGCUGCCACCUUGGGUGGGGCAGAGGAAUCAUUUAUCACGGUAUAUUUGUCGAUGAUCUGAAGGUCGACUUCUCUCCCACCAACAUGUCCAAGGAAAUGCAGAGUAUGAACUAUCCAGAUAAUUAUCAAACUUGUAUUCACUUCCUUAAGCUCUUAAAGAGACUAGUCAAACUCGUGUUUGGAUCUUCUAAUUGCAUGGAAAAAGACGAAGAAAACCCUCAGGGACAGCAAUUGCUUCCUCUCAAUUACCGCACAUGUUUUGAUUUUGUCAAGCUGGUGUCGAAAGCAAUGCUGAUUGUUUUUGGAUUAGGGUCGCGGAGAAUCAAGAAGCUAGAAGAGAAGAAAAAGAAGCACAAAUGGUCUGUCCAAGUCAUGAAUGAACUACUCAACCGUGCUUCGGAUGUUAAGCAUAAAGAUAAUGGCAUCAGCCCACUAUCACCUUCGGAGGUUGCUUUUGAAGGAGAGGCAUUCCUGAAAAAUGAUCAUCCCCAACAACAGUUCAUGUCUUCUGAUAAUGACCAGAAUCAGGAACAGAACGGAUAUAAGGCUUUGGAGAUAGAAGUGGAAGGGGAUGAUGAAAAAAAGGAAGGUAUAAGCGAAAUGAAGGAGGAGAUGUCCAUUUUGAUUGCAGCCAAGGGUGGAACAACGGAAAUGGUAGAGAAAAUUCAGAAACUUUGUGGUGUGGUAAUUCACGAUAUGAACUCUGAGAAAAAGAACAAAGUGUUGUUAGCGGUGGAGAGACGACAGCCUCAUGUCUACCAGCGAAGCAUCACGAAGGAGACGCCCUUUUUGAGCGCAGCUAAGUGUGGAAUCACGGAGAUGGUAGAAAAAAUUCUGGAAGUUUGUCCUGUGGCAAUUCAUGACAUGAACUCUGAGAAGAGGAACAUGGUGCUGUUGGCGGUGGAAAGCCAACAGCCUCAUGUCUACCAGCGAAACAUCAUGAAGGAGACACCCAUUUUGAUUGCAGCCAGGUAUGGAAUCACGGAGAUGGUCGGAAGAAUUCUGGAAGUUUGUCCUACGGCUAUUCAAGAUAUAAAUUCUGAGAAGAAGAACAUAGCGCUGUUGGCGGCAGAGAACCGGCAGCCUCAAGUCCUCCAGCUCUUGCUGCAGCAAAACAAUAUGAAAGAGAGCAUUUUCGGUGCGGUGGAUGCAAACGGCAACAGCGCACUGCACCUCGCCGCCAUUCUCAGCGACCUUAAGCCCUGGCGUAUUCCCGGCGCUGCUUUACAGAUGCAGUGGGAAAUCAAGUGGUACAAGUUUGUGAAGAACUCCAUGCCGUCUCACCUUUUGGGCCACUAUAACAAACAGGGGAAGACCCCGAAGGACAUUUUCAGCGACACACACAGUGAUCUGGUAGAAAAAGGUGGAAAAUGGCUGACUAGCACCUCCGAAUCAUGCUCAGUGGUGGCAGCGCUAAUCGCCACCGUUGCCUUCGCCACAUCGUCCGCCGUUCCUGGCGGUUCCCGGAAUGAUGGCAAACCAAACAUGGAAUCCCAACCUGCAUUUAACGUCUUCGCCUUCUCAUCUAUCACCGCUCUCUGCUUCUCUAUCACCGCCUUGGUCAUGUUCCUUGUGAUUCUCACGUCUCGGUACCAAGAGAGAGACUUCAUGACACACUUGCCUAAGAAGCUGUUGUUUGGUUUGACGUCCCUGUUCGUGUCCAUAGCAUCGAUGCUUGUAUCUUUCUGCGCAGGACAUUUCUUAAUUCUCAAGGAGAAUCUGAAAUAUGCUGCUUUUCCGGUGUAUGCCGUAACGUGCUUGCCGGUGACGCUUUUCGCGGCCGCGCAGUUUCCUCUUUACUUCGAUCUGGCACGGGCUACUUUGAAGAAGGUCCCACAACGUAGCUACAGAGCUGUUUCUCCUUAGAUUUCAGAACUUCUAAAAUAACCCUUGAAUAUCGAAGAAAAAUUUUCCUCUUAUUAAUUUGCUCGUGCGUAUAGUGUGCUGUUGUCGGGUGCAAUGUAACGUAGAUAAACACUGCUGUGCGUAAAGGUACCUCUGGAGUCACCUAAAUUUUCUCCAAUUUUCAUUGUUAAGAAUUUAAUAGAAUAAAGGUAAUUUAAACUU